CCUAACCGACUUAUUUCUAAGCCUAGGUAUUUACCUGCACAUCCCGUACUAAAUAUCCUCUUAUCCCUAGAUCAUCAGACAAGAAAAUUAGCAAUUAGUCUACGAAGACUGACAGUUAUAAACAGCUGAUUUUAACAACUCUUACCACUCAUCCGGCUCGUCAUCAUCUUGAGCAGCAAUCGUCUGCUGACUUGUGCUUUCGUCUUUAGACAUUAUUUAAGGCUGUCGUCAAAGUAUCUUUUAUAUGAGAUACCAAGUGUUGAUUCGCAUAGUUCAGCGUUCAGCGUUCAGCGUUGCGAAUUAAACAAGUGAAUUGCGCUAGAGGGCGGUAUAAAGGCAAAAAUUCGGAGGGAUCCGAACCGGUCUUAGAAUCGCCUCUUUGCGCUCCCGGGGAUUCAUUAACAAAACCCCGUACUACUCUUUAAUCCCGCCCUACAACUUCGGACUGAAGAGGAUUUCCCCCACCAUGACGUCGCAAAAACUAAAUGUGCUCGUCUACACGGGCACCGGGUCUACAGUCGAAUCAGUUAAGCAUGCAAUCUACUCCCUGCGUCGACUUCUCUCCCCAAACUACGCAGUCAUCCCUAUCACCGAGACCGUUCUACUAAAAGAGCCAUGGGCACCUUCUUGCGCGCUGCUUGUUUUUCCGGGCGGUGCUGAUCUUGGUUACUGUCGCGUGCUCAAUGGGGAAGGUAAUUCAAUUAUAUCUCAGUAUGUGCGUCGAGGUGGUGCAUACUUAGGUUUCUGCGCCGGCGGCUACUAUGGAUCCAAAAGGUGCGAGUUCGAGGUUGGCAACAAGGCCAUGGAAGUAGUCGGAUCUAGAGAGCUAGCUUUCUUUCCUAGCACGUGUAGGGGCGGUGCAUUCAAAGGCUUCCAGUAUCACAGCGAGAAAGGGGCCCGAGCAGUCCGAGUGAAUGUUGUGAAGGAUGCAUUCAGGGGGGCAGGCUUAGUUCCAGAGGUCUUCACGUCCUACUACAAUGGCGGCGGCGUCUUCGUCAUCCCAACAAAUGGAAACAGUGAUGUUGAGAUACUAGCAAGCUAUGCGGACGAGCUUGAUGUCGACGGUGGUCGCGAAAAGGCAGCCCUGGUGUACUGCAAAGUCGGCCAAGGUGCUGCUAUCCUUACAGGACCUCACCCUGAAUUUGCUGCGGUAAAUCUAAGUCCGCAGAACGACGUCGAGGGAUAUGAAAAUCUCAUUGCCGCCCUUAAAGCUGACGAUGAUGCACGAACGGGCUUCCUAAAGGCGUGCUUAACUAAGCUUGGGCUAGAAGUCAGUCAAGAAAAAACAGGUGUGCCAUCCCUCUCUCGACUUCAUUUGUCGUCCAUCUCUAGUAACGAUGUGGACGACUUAUUACACACCUGGGAAGAUAUCAUCAGCAAAGAAGACGGCGAAGAGUAUAUAAGAGCAGAAAACGAUACAUUUCAUUUGCAGAAGCCCGAAACCAUGUGGUCCGUCGCUGGCUUGAAAGAGGCACUGACUCCUGAUGGUAGCCAAGAUCAAAAGUCUCCUGACUUAAGUAGUCAAGGCAUAAUCGACUACAGCACAAUUGUUAAGCGUAUUGUAACUCACGAAACAGCCUGGCCGGAAGCCAAAGCAACUCCAUACUUCAACCACAACGCAUUUUAUUCUAGCUUACGAGAUUAUCGGCAGACAGAACCUGAAGCGGAAGAAUGGGGCAACUUCUUAAUGUACGGAGAAGUUGUCACGAGCACUAAUACACUGCUUGAGAAAAACUUCAAAUUGCUGUCCAAACUACCGUCGGGGUUUACACUUACGGCAACAACUCAGGUCGCUGGGCGGGGACGCGGGAACAACGUCUGGGUGUCGCCCGCUGGAUCAUUGAUAAUGUCCACUGUCAUCAACCACCCGGCUCAUAUUGCGCCAAGUCGGCCCAUCGUCUUCAUCCAGUAUCUAGCCGCCAUUGCUAUAGUCGAAGCUGUAAAGAACUACGAUCGAGGAUACGAAGAGGUCCCCGUAAAAUUAAAAUGGCCCAACGAUAUCUAUGCGCGGGAUCCGAGGCAGCCUUCCUCGUCCCCCCCUUCUUACGUCAAAAUUGGCGGCAUCUUGUCUAACUGCAACUAUUCGGCGGGGGCUUACCAAAUUGUCCUUGGCAUCGGAAUCAACGCGACUAACGGACGUCCCACCACCUCCCUUGACGCCCUGCUGCCUUCCCACCUCGCUCCGUUCCGGAUCGAAAAACUCACGGCAGGAAUCAUUGCCCGGCUAGAAGCUCUGUACAAGACGUUCGUGCGAAGAGGUUUCACGAGAGAUAUGGAGAGUGCAUACUAUGCGCACUGGCUGCACGGACGGCAGAUUGUCAACCUGGAGGCGCAGGGUGGAGUGAAAGCUCGGAUCGUAGGUAUUACCAGCGAUUGGGGCAUGCUAAGAGCGGAAGAGCUAGGAAGCGAUGAUAGACCGACGGGGAAGGUGUGGGCAUUGCAGAGCGAUGAAAACAGUUUUGACUUUUUUAGGGGCUUGGUGAAGAGAAAAAUCUGAGUUAUAUUAGAGUAAGAUUCCAUGAUAACACUACGUUAAUAC